AUGGUCAAGCUCCGCCCUGAACCUGCAACUCGCGGCCCGGCAGUCUUCAUCCAGCUCAUAGAGUUUGCUUGCGGCAGCCUAGCCAUCGGCGUCGCCGCUCAGCAUGUCUUGCUUGACGCGCGCGCUCUAGCACUGUUCAUGGGCGACUGGGCCACACGUGCACGCGGCGCGCAUCCGUCACCGCGCACGUACGAACCACUAUCUCUGGACGUACAUGCGGCAGGCGACGUGGACGCCGAGUGGGCAGACGCACAGUUAGAAACCACCGCACUGCAGAUCCCCCAGCUCCGACUCGACUUUUGGUCCCAACGCCCAGGCCAUCCUGAGGACGUCGGACCGGCAUGGUUCUCAUCUCCACGGUCGCCGGCUGCUGCCAUCGACGAGCAGGACGUGGCGAGCGGGAGGAGGAGGGGCCGGCGGGUACCGUGGGACGACUGGCGGUGGGACCAGUCUACUCUGGACAGGACUAUCGAGUUUCUUCCAGAGCAGGUCGAGGCCGCAUACCGUCUCGCUGGAGGCGAUGGCACGUCCCGCCUCGACGCCGUCCUCGGCUGCGUUUGGGCAGCUGUCGUGCGCGGACGCGACCUUCCUCCUACCACCGAGGUCAGGUUGCACACCUCUGUCGACCUGCGACGCCGCGUCACACCACCUCUGGACGACACCUUCCUCGGCGCACCGCUCAUCAACGUCAUGUCCAGCUCCUCUGCUGGAUCUCUCACACUCUCCAGUGGCGCCAGGGCCGUCCGUGCCGCCGUCGAUUCGCUAGCCAGCGACGCAGUGCCAGCACUGUUGCACCACAUGUCGUUCGCCCUCGACCCCGUCCGCGAGUGGAACUGUUUCCUCGGCGAGAGGGAUGUGCUCACCACAUCGUGGCUUGGUGCCGGCUGCUACGAUGUGGAUUUCGGGUUUGGGCCACCGAGUGUGGUCCAGCCGGGCAUGCCCCCCGUGGAUGGGCUGCUCGUGGCCAUGGAUGUCCCUGGCGCGGCCGGACGGAGGGAGGACAAGUGGUACAACAGCGGAGUGAGGGUGAGGUUGAUCCUGAGGAAGGAGGUCAUGGACAAGGUGCUCGCCGACCCUGCUCUCAGGCCAGAGGAGUAG